AUGGCGUCUCGUAGAUCUCUUCUCCUUCUCCUCGAAGUCCUUUUCGUUACGUUUCUCUCCGCGUCGGCGUAUUUACCGGAGACCGGAGGAAUUACCGGAGACAACGUCGUCGAAGUCAAUCGCUCACAGAGAGAGUUCGAUUAUUUCGCUCUUUCUCUUCAAUGGCCUGGUACUUACUGCCGUGGAACUCGCCAUUGCUGCUCCAAAAAUGCUUGCUGUCGAGGCUCGGACACUCCAACUCAAUUCACCAUCCAUGGACUAUGGCCUGACUAUAACGACGGUUCAUGGCCUUCAUGUUGUUAUCGAUCUGAAUUUAAUGAAAAAGAGAUCACAACGUUAAAGGACGGCCUUGAUAAGUACUGGCCCAGCCUCAGCUGUGGUUCUCCAUCAUCAUGCUAUGGUGGAAAAGGAUCGUUUUGGGGCCAUGAGUGGGGUAAUCAUCUUCAGUCUCUACAUAAGAAACAUGGGACUUGUUCUUCUCCUGUUUUUCAUGAUGAGUAUAGUUACUUCCUUACCACACUUAAUAUCUACUUCAAGUAUAAUGUCACGGAUGUCCUUUAUAAAGAAGGCUACGUUGCUUCCAACAGCGAGAAGUAUCCUCUAGGAGGUAUUGUAACAGCCAUUCAGAACGCGUUUCAUGUUAACCCUGAAGUUGUAUGCAAAAAGGACGCAAUCGACGAACUGCGUAUAUGCUUCGAGAAAGAUCUCACGCCCAGGGAUUGUGUUGUUUCAAAAGGCUUGACGUCGAAGAAAUCAUGUCCCAAGUACGUAAGUCUGCCGGAAUACACACCAUUGGAUGGAGACGCUAUGGUUCUGAGGAUGCCAACAGAUAAAGAAGGUCUUUGA